CUCACCUGUCCGUUCGAUUCGCAAAUUCGAAUUUAGAAAGUUAACUUUUUAUUCCGGCACAAGUUUAACGAGGUUGGAGGUGUGGAGUCGAGUGGCCAGUUGUAGUUUGUGUGUCAGUGUGAGAGCACGUGUACGAACCGUGCCCGCGAAGUGAACGAACUUUUAUAUGUUACCGUUGUUUUUGUUAUCAUUACUAGAAAAAGGAUUUUGUAAAAUAACGAACGAUCGAGGAUGUCGGCUACAAAGUACCUGCACCCCUUCCUUCGUGGACUAAAACCUUUGCCCGAAGGUCACGAGGAUGAGAUACAGCAGAUCAGAGAAUGGAUGAAAAGUCAGCCGCAUCUGCCCCACAUUUCUGACGAGUACGUGAUCCUGUUCCUGCAUUCCAACUACUACAAGGUCAAGGAGACGAAAGACACCAUAGAAUGCUACUUCACCUUGAGGGCGAACACUCCAGAUCUGUUCACUAACCGUGAUCCUUUCGCACCGAAGAACAAAGCUAUUUUGGACAUCACGCACAUGGUAGGCUUUCCAAACAAGACUGCAGAAGGUUACAACGUCCUGCUGUACCGGCUGGCUGAGUUUGACUACAGUAAGCUGAACUUCGCUGAUGCUGUCCGUGUGUUCUGCAUGUUCAACGAUGUCAAGUUGUCAGAAGACAGGCUGUCUGAUGGCUACAUUGUCAUCUUCGAUAUGAAGGGCUGCAGCCUCGGUCACCUGACCAGGGUGACUCUUCCUGCGCUGAGAGCCUUUAUGCAUUAUAUCCAGAACGCCCAUCCUUGCCGUCUAAAGAAGAUCCACGUAGUCCACACAGUAUCAUUCAUCAACCAAGUCAUGUGCCUCGUGAAGCCGCUCAUCCACUCGAAUCUCCUCAACCUACUGAACUUCUCCUCCGAAGGACCAGAGUCUGUGGUAGAUAAGGAACUCUUGCCCGAAGACUUUGGUGGUCCAUUACCUCCAGUCAAGCAACUGCAUGAAGAACAGAGGAAAAAUAUGGAGGAAAAUUACAGAGAGUGGCUUAUUGAGACGGAGAUCUUCAAGGCUGAUGAGAAGAAGAGGAUUAAGAAGCCUAGUAAAGGUAUGUUCGCCAGCUUCACCAGUAGUUUCAAGAGCUUGGACAUUGACUGAUAGUUUUAUAUUCAUGCCGCGCUAGGGACCUGAGAGCUUCGUUUCCUCAUCUUCUGUUUCUAGAAUGUUCUCGUACAGUUGCCAGCAGGUCAACC